UUAAUCGGAGCAGAAAGAGAGCUUAAAGAAGCCUGGGAUAAGAUCGAUCGAAGCGAGUUACACAAGAGUGGUCUACAAAAUGGUCUAACGUGGAAAUUUGGAUCAGCAGAUAGUCCUUGGUAUCAAGGAGCAGUGGAGUCUCUCGUGAAAGCAGCCAAGAGAGCAAUUGUCUUUGCGGUUGGUAAACGUCGUCUUACGGUGCCCGAAUGA